UCUUUCUUCUCUCCUUCCCUCCCCGUGCUUCCUCUGCUUUACUAAGUUCGGUUCCGAUGGCGUUUAUCGCUGUUUUCGUUUCUGCGACGAAGCUCGCCGGAUUAUUGUUCACAUUCACUGUCGCUGCGAACGCUUUCUCCUAUUCACGGUAUCGGAGGAAAAAUUUAAGACCGUUCAAGUCACCUCUCGAUGAAUCGUCUGACGUUCUUGCCGAUUUCAAUGUUAAUCCGAGCAACGAGGACGAAAAUGAGUUCUUCUUUGGAUUGGCGACGGCACCAGCUCAUGUUGAGGAUAGGCUAAAUGAUGCUUGGUUGCAGUUCGCAGAGGGCCACCCCCAUGACAAGUUGGAACCUACACAUAAACUGCAACUAGCAGACGGAUUAAUGGCUUCUGCUACUGCUGAUGGCAGCUCUCAGCAAGCAUCAUCAUCUGUGAAGGAGUCUGAAGGGUUAAAUAAGAAGAAGAAACUUCUUAAGAUAGCCAUGGAGGCAAUGAUCAGAGGAUAUGAAAAGUACUCAGAAGAUGAAGAACUUGAAACAAGCACUGAGUGCAGCCAUAAUGUUGCAGCUUGGCACAAUGUGCCCCACCCGGAGGAGAGACUGAGGUUUUGGUCUGAUCCUGAUGUUGAAUUAAAUCUAGCUAGAGAUACUGGUGUCAGUGUUUUUCGGAUGGGAAUAGAUUGGACUAGGAUCAUGCCUGAAGAGCCAGUAAAUGGGCUUAAAGAAAGUGUUAACUAUGCUGCACUUGAGCGAUAUAAAUGGAUCAUUCAGAGGAUUCGUUCCCGUGGAAUGAAGGUUAUGCUGACUUUGUUCCAUCACUCACUACCACCAUGGGCUGGAGAAUAUGGGGGAUGGAAGAUAGAAAAAACUGUUAAUUAUUUCAUGGAUUUUACAAGACUUGUUGUUGACAGUGUGUCAGAGCUGGUUGACUACUGGAUAACUUUUAAUGAGCCUCAUGUCUUUUGCAUGCUGACUUAUUGUGCUGGGGCUUGGCCUGGUGGUAAUCCUGAUAUGCUAGAGGUUGCAACUUCUGCUCUGCCAACUGGUGUCUUUAAACAAGCAAUGGACUGGAUGGCUGUUGCGCAUGCAAAGGCCUAUGAUUAUAUCCAGAGACAAAGCAAAGCCUCUUCAAAAGUAAUUGUUGGAGUAGCACAUCAUGUCUCAUUCAUGCGACCAUAUGGUCUUUUUGACGUCGCUGCUGUUUCAAUAGCAAACUCCUUGACCCUUUUUCCAUUCAUCGAUAGUAUCUGUGACAAGCUGGAUUUCAUAGGCAUAAACUACUAUGGACAGGAAGUGGUUUGUGGUGCUGGGCUAAAACUUGUAGAGAAUGAUGAAUAUAGUGAAUCUGGACGCGGUGUCUACCCUGAUGGCUUGUUUAGGAUGCUUCUUCAGUUUCAUGAGAGAUACAAACACCUAAAAUUACCUUUCAUCAUAACUGAAAAUGGGGUCUCUGAUGGGACAGACGUGAUCAGAAGGCCUUAUAUUGUAGAGCAUUUGCUGGCUGUAUAUGCUGCCAUGAUCAUGGGUGUUCCAGUGCUUGGUUACCUGUUCUGGACUAUUUCAGAUAAUUGGGAGUGGGCUGAUGGAUAUGGUCCAAAGUUUGGACUAGUAGCAGUUGACCGGGCCAAUAAUCUUGCACGUAUUCCACGCCCUUCAUACUAUUUGUUUUCUAAGGUGGUGACAACGGGUAAAGUUACUAGGCAAGAUAGAAUGCGUGCAUGGAGUGAGCUCCAAAGAGCUGCUAAAGAGAAGAGAACAAGGCCAUUUUACCGGAAGGUUGACAAACAUAGUCUAAUGUACGCAGGGGGCCUUGAUAAACCCAUAUGGCGACCUUAUAUCCAACGAGAUUGGCGGUUUGGGCAUUAUGAGAUGGAUGGUCUACAGGACUCAAUGAGCCGGUUAUCGAGAUUUAUUCUCCGACCUUUCUUUCUGAAAUGGAGGAUAAGACCUGAAGCUAAUGAUGCUGAUUUGGUUCUUCAGCCACUUGAAGUUAGCCUCUGAGACCACAUUUAUACGUUAAGCUAUUUCAUCCGAAGCUAAGUCUUCUUCUAAAAUUUGUCGGCCAUCUGCAUUUGUCAUUACAGUUUUUAUUUUUUCAAGGCUCAAUACGUGGUGCCUCAAACGCUAAAAAUUUCCUAGUAUUGCAUGUCCAGAAAUAUGUUGCUCCUUCUAUAGCCCAAAAUGGGGAUGGAGUGUAAUCAAACUUAGCAGCUUAUUGUCACUGAGUGGUCAUGAUUUAGGAACUCAUGCAACUCCAAUGUAUUAUGUACCCUCACACUGUUGUAUUAUUGACAGUCAAUUAUGGAAGGUAUAUGAAGAAUGAACCAUCACACAAAAUUUGCAUGUGAAUGUUGAAGGAGAAGGGGGCUUUAGGUCUGUAAAAAUAUUGUAUAGGGUGCUAUUAGCUCACUAUACGAUCACCAUGAAAAGAUUCAGCAAUUUGGGUUUUAA